GAAAUGUUACAGAAGUUUACUCAAGACGUCAAGAGUGAAAUUGAAGAAAUCAAGCGUAGAAAUCAGAAGUAAAGAUUUUUUAACUAGGGCGCAAAUUUAAAAAUAUUAAAAUUACAUAGCUAAACACAACAAAAUGUCAUCGAUUAUAUUUAUUGGUAGUCCGGAAAAGACCCCCAACAAACCGACUUUAACCUCGUUUAAAGAUUCAUUUUUUGUUACCCCGUACGAUAUUUUAUUUCGUAUAUUCGCAUCUUUUGUGCCACCUUUAGGUAAACACUAUCGAUUGAUAAACGUAGAUUUUCUAGGCCCAUCUUUGGCUCUUCUUAUUCUGGCGGCCAUAAUUAAUUAUGGCUAUUCUUUUAAACACGUUAUGUCACUAGGCCCUAACGAAUUUCUUUCUUUGUAUUGUCUAUUAGUGCCUGGUUUGUUUUACGUUUUGAGUAAAUACAUAGGAAAAUCAGAGAUAAAUUUAUCUGAAAUAAUCUCCCUAUUAGGGUACGCCUUAUUCGGUCAUAUUUUCACUUUGUCUACGUCAUACAUUUGUUUUCAAGAAGAGAGCAAUGUGUUUUUCUUUUUAUCACUGAUAUGUUUCAGUGGUAUGAGUACGCUGAGAUUGAUUAUAGUCGUGUUGAAAACAAUACCGAGGCCUGGCGCUAGAUUAUUAGUCUGUAGCAUUUUAGCAAUUGUGCAGAUCUUGAGUUUGAUUUUUGUUCAUUUUGCGUACAUGCAUAGAACUUAUAAAUAUAGACACGUGCAACAGAUUAAUAGUGAACAUUUGUUUGAUAAUUGAUAUAAUGUAAGUUUGAUAUCGAAAAUGUAGUAAUUUGUGUGAAAUACAAGGAAAGAAUGAUCA